CAAUUCACAAAUGUCGAUUUGCUCAUGAAUUUCGCUGUCAUAUAUUUAAACGCUUCCAAAACAACUUCAACAAUGACAUUAGGAGUCAAUGAAAGAUUAAUUACUGGUUCGAUAAUUUCCUGUGAGCAUGCCAUUCCUAUUGAAUUUACAUUCACGAAACAACCAAAGUAA